CCACUCCCAAAAUAUAAAAUAAAGGCAAGAAAAAAGAGGCAUGGCUUCUUUCCUUUUGCUUCUUCUCUGUGCUUUUCCUUUUCUUGCUGCCUCUGCUUAGCAUUAGGCAUCUCUUUUCUCUCUUUCACUCACUUUUCCCAUCUUUCCUUCAAGUCCAUUCUUUACCAUCUUGUCUUAUUUCACUCUUUUUCUUUCUGGGUUGGGUUUCUCCUGCUCUGUCUGCUCUUACUACAGCCUCAACCCCUCUUCUAUAUAUACAUAGAUACACACAUUUUCCAGGUAAAUUCUUGGCCUAAAUUGAGUUAAUUUUUCAUGGGGUUUUGCUGUUUUUCAUUGUUUGUGUGAUCAGAAAGUUGAGUAGCUUUUUUUUAGUUUAGUUCUUGAGGUGGCUGGUCUUUUGGGAUUUUAGUUUAUUAUCAGGGGAGGAGGUUCUUUCUGGGUUUAUUUUGAUUAAACUGGAAGGGAAAAAAAAUCCCUUUUAGUUUUGCAAUUUAAAUUUUGGUGUGGCCCUUUUGUUUUUAAAUCUUCUUGCUUUAGUUACUUGCAAGAACUUUGUGUUUUUGUCUUUGUUUGAUUGAGUUUACACAUAUUUAUUCUUGUGUAUCUGUUGUUUAGUUUAGUGCUCACUGUAAGUCUUUUGUCUUCAAGUUUGAAACUUCUUGUUUCUAGUUGCUGUUCUGUGAUUAGUGCUUAUUGUAUUACAGUUGGGCUUCUGAUUCUCUAUGGGGCUUUGUCAUGGAAAACCCAUUGAAACCUCUCAAAAUCAAACAGAAAAUCCGGAUGUUCCCAGUGAAAAUGAGUUAGUACUCAAUUCUCAGACUGGGAAAGCAUCGAAAUUUCCAUUUUACAGCCCAAGUCCUCUUCCUGGUAGUGCAUACAAGGGCUCUCCUGCUAAUUCAAGUGUUAAUUCGACUCCUCUUCGGACGCCUCUUCGCUUGUUUAAGCGUCCAUUCCCUCCACCCUCUCCAGCAAAGCACAUUCGUGCAUUGCUUGCGCGAAGACAUGGCUCGGUUAAGCCUAAUGAGGCCUCAAUUCCUGAAGGAAAUGAGCUUGAGAUUGGUUUAGACAAGAAUUUUGGGUAUUCUAAGCAAAUUUUACAACAUUAUGAGCUUGGUGAAGAGGUAGGCCGAGGACAUUUUGGUUAUACUUGCUCUGCUAAGGCAAAGAAAGGGAGUUUAAAAGGGCAAGAUGUGGCUGUCAAAGUCAUACCGAAAUCCAAGAUGACUACAGCAAUUGCCAUUGAAGAUGUAAGAAGAGAAGUUAAAAUAUUACGAGCUCUAACCGGACAUAAGAAUCUCGUGCAAUUUUAUGAUGCUUAUGAGGAUGAAGACAAUGUUUAUGUUGUAAUGGAGCUUUGCAAAGGAGGCGAAUUAUUGGACAGAAUUCUGUCAAGGGGUGGGAAAUACUCAGAAGAAGAUGCAAAAGCUGUUAUGGUGCAAAUUUUAAGUGUUGUUGCUUACUGUCAUCUCCAAGGAGUAGUCCACAGGGACUUGAAGCCUGAGAACUUUCUCUAUGUUUCUAAAGAUGAACAUUGUCAAUUGAAAGCCAUCGACUUUGGACUCUCAGACUAUGUAAAGCCAGAUGAAAGGCUGAAUGACAUUGUGGGGAGUGCAUACUAUGUUGCUCCAGAAGUUCUGCACAGAUCAUAUGGAACCGAAGCUGACAUGUGGAGUAUUGGUGUAAUUGCUUAUAUUCUUUUAUGUGGAAGCCGCCCUUUUUGGGCCCGGACAGAGUCUGGGAUCUUUAGAGCUGUACUUAAAGCUGAUCCAAGCUUUGAUGAAACCCCAUGGCCUUCUUUGUCUCCUGAUGCAGUGGACUUCGUGAAGAGAUUGUUGAACAAGGACUACCGCAAGAGAUUAACUGCUGCGCAGGCCCUUAGUCAUCCUUGGCUAGCCAAUUGCCAUGAUGUCAAGAUACCGCUGGACAUGAUAAUUUACAAAGUUGUAAAAGCUUAUAUAUGUUCAUCUUCUCUGAGAAAAGCCGCAUUAGGGGCACUUGCCAAGACAAUGACAAUACCUCAGCUAGCAUAUUUGCGCGAACAAUUUGCAUUGCUUGGACCAAGCAAAAGUGGAUUUAUAUCUUUACAGAACUUUAAAUUGGCUGUAACAAAAAACUGCACGGAGGCCAUAAAGGAUUCUCGGGUUCUAGAUUUUGCUAACAUGGUGGGUUCUCUUCAAUAUAGAAAAUUAGAUUUUGAAGAAUUUUGUGCUGCAGCUAUAAGUGUACAUCAGUUGGAAGGAAUGGAUAGCUGGGAGCAACAUGCUCGCCGUGCCUAUGAACUGUUUGAGAAAGAUGGAAACAGGCCUAUUAUGAUAGAGGAACUUGCCUCGGAGCUCGGACUUAGCCCAUCGGUUCCAGUUCAUGUAGUUCUCCAGGAUUGGAUAAGACACUCUGAUGGAAAGCUCAGUUUCCUGGGGUUUGUCAGGCUUGUGCAUGGGGUUUCUUCUCGUGCAUUUCAGAAAGCUUGAUGCCUUGAUAUAUUAACAGCCACACAUACUCACCAUUGGACUUGCUAUAUGUUGGUGACCAGGUUACAUAUAAUAUUAUAGGAAACAAAUUGGCUGAAGUCGAGAGCAUACCUCAAGCAAAGAAGCUAUACCCAAGUAUAAUCCUUAUUCACAGACAGGAGGAGCAAUCUAAUAUGUUACUAUGUUCUUAUCAUUAGAAUGUUCCUAUAACUUUAUUUCCUUUUUUGUUUCUGUCCUAGUCGAGCGCCGGUAGAGAGUUGUACAGCUGAAAUAGAUCACAGAAUGUUUUAGAUUAGAAAAAAACAGCUUAAUGUUGCUGGAGUGAAUGUUGUGUUGUUGGGGUAUCACUAUUGUACCCUCAUGUGCACAUUCUUAAUAAAUUCUUGUUGUGAUCUACGCAUUUUAAUAUUUUAAUUUUUUUAUUGAA